ACGAGAGUUUAUAACGUGAAUUACAAUCUUUAUAUAGAAUUCAUUCUUUUCUUUCUGGGCGACAUAGUGUAGAAGGAAGUUCUAAGGUAACUGCGGAAAACCGGACUUUUAUUUACUGAAUUUUUAUGAGUCAGAAGGCAGAAAAACCCUCGCUGUCAGGCCAACGUCUGAAGACUCGGAAAAGGGAUGAAAAAGAAAAAUACGAUCCUACAUCGUUUAGAGAUGCUAUUGUUCUUGGUCUCAAUGAAACAGGUGCAGAUCUAGAGCAGGUUUCAAAGUAUUUGGAUAUCACUGGAGCUAAACUUAACUACAGGCGGUAUGCAGAGGAGCUUUUUGACAUCUUGUUUGCCGGAGGUCUCUUAGCCCCUGGUGGAACUAUUAUUGAAGACAAAGACCCAGACUCAACAAAGGCUACACGAACUAAUGUUUGUGUUUUCUGUUGUGAAGAAGACACUAAAUCACUCAAGGCCUUCUAUGAAGUUUUCAGCAAGCUACUCCGAAGGUACAAGUACCUGGAGAGAUCCUUUGAGGAGACUCUUAAGAAGAUUUUGAUGUUCACAAGAGGAUUCAAAAAUGAAGACAAGACAAAAUUGGCUAAGAUCACUGGCAUCAUCCUGGCAAAUGGUUUCUGCACACCAAAAUGUUUACAGGGACUUUUUGAAGAUAAUUUGGUUAAAGAAGGAAUAUCAUUGGAAUUCUCCACCUUGAUGUUCAGAACAUGGCUUGAGGAAAAAGACGUUAAUGCGGUCUUUGCCGCUCUAAAGAAAUCACAGAUGGAUUUAAGAUUGCUGGAGCUGUACCCACUGAAUAAGAGAAGCUAUGAUGCGUUUGUGGUACACUUUGAGAAGGAAGGCUUGCCCCAAAUGGCAAAUAUUCUGAAAGCUCAGAAGAAUCAGGAAAACAGGAAAUAUCUACAGAAAGAACUUGCAGAGAUGGUUAAGACUGAGGAAACUCCUAAUGAGAUAAAGGCUUUCCUUCUGGAACAGAUGCAGAAAAAUGGCCUAGGUGAACAAGAAACCACUAUCCUGGUCUGGAAUACAAUCAUGGAUUGUGUAGAAUGGAACAAGAAGGAAGAAUUGGUGGCUGAACAAGCUCUGCGCCACCUCAAAGCAUAUGGACAGCUACUAUCUGCCAUUGCCAAGACUCCCAAAUCAGAACUGGCUUUGCUUGUGAAAAUCCAGGAGUAUUGCUAUGACAACAUGGCCUUCAUGAAGGUGUUCCAAAAGAUUGUUGUCAUUUUGUACAAAAUGGAUGUGUUGAGUGAGGAUGUUAUCCUGAAGUGGUACAAGGAGGCCCACUCCACCAAAGGCAAAUCUGUCUUUUUGGAACAGAUGUCCAAGUUUGUUGAGUGGCUAGAGAAUGCCGAAGAAGAAUCUGAGGAAGAUGAUGACUAGUCAUGAACUGUGACAAUCACUAAAUGAUGUAGUACCCAUGUUACUGGCACAAUAUUUAAUCUGUAAAAAUCCCUCAUGUUUGUCAAAACCUUCAGUUAGAUCCCCUGAAAACAGCUAAUACUUUAUACAGAGUUGACAUUGGUUACUGUAGGUCAAGUUAUGAAUACAUGUAAGUUAUAAAAGAGAGUUUUAGUGAAGUGAAAUUAUUUUACCUAAUAAUAUUGACAAUGCUCAGGGUUGAAAUAUAGGUCAUGUUAUUUAGCCUCGGAAACAAAAUAUAGAUUUGAUUUGUCAAAAUAAAAACAGGAUGAGGAAAGUUUUGUAUUCAAAUGAUAUGCUAUAGAGAUUUUGUACAUUUGAAAACGUAUUGAGGACUACUUAUCUUGGGUGACACUGUCAACAGGGCACUCAGAUCAGGGAAACAGGUAGGAUGUACAUAAAAUGGUCCAUCUUUAAUUAUUGGGAUGUAUUUUGCAGGAUACAUGGAGAAAUUUUUAGCUAUUUUCAUUUCCAUUCUUUUUGAAGUGUAACAUUGUAACCAGUCCAUCCAAUGAAUUUCAUGUUGCUUACAUUAGGCAUUUGCUUUAAGUGUUGUACAUUUAAGAACUUAUUUAUUCUAUUGAUCACAAAUUGGUUAUCAAUCAAAUGUACAUCUCUGUUCAAUAGGUAUUAAUACAAAAAACAUCUAUGUCAGUGAUAAUGUUCAAUAGGUAUUAAUACAAAAAACAUCUAUGUCAGUGAUAAAAUGGUUAAUUGUUUUAAUGUGUUAUCAUCUUGUGGUUAUUGUACAAUUUGUCAAAAAAUCUUAAUUUGUCAGAUCAUGUAUUACUUUGACCAGGAAGAUUUUCAUCGUUGGUCAAGUUAUUGAGACGGAUUAUGUAAAUGUCAAGGUUGACCAAUGUCCUGUGUAUUUUUAAGCUCAUUAUGAGGGUUGUACCCAAUUCAGGUAGUUCAUAUUUGAUAACAAGAUCUUUCAAUUUGUAAAUUCUGCAAUUACAUCAACAUUUUUUUUAAAUUCAGUAAAAUCAUCAAACCUGUUGACAUAUUUUUCUGAUGCUGAUCCUGAAUAUAACAAUAUAAACAUUUCCAAUAUUUCUGAAGGUUUGAAGUAAAGCAUCAGAUCAGUCACUGGUUACUACCGGUAGUUGGCUAAGCUGAUAGAGGACAAUGCAAUAAUAAAAUAUUGAAUUACUUGUACUUUAUUUUGUUGAGACCAAUUAUAUGAAACCUGCCUUUUGUACUCCUGAAGAUAAGUAAAUACGUAAUAAACUCUAAGAAAAAAUGUCAGGCUAGUCUUGGUUGUCUCUGUUGUGUGGUGGAAUCUCAUUAGCUGGGAUCCUUAGUCUGAACAAAUUCUUAAUACUUGCCCAGGAAACAUUUCUUAUGUUUUAAAACUAAUAUCUUAUGUUUUAAAUAUCAGACAAGAAAUUAAGGUGAUUCUUUUUGUAGAGGAAAAAUGGUUGUAAACUAACAAGACUGUUUUCCUGUAUAGAGCUAUGCAUUGUGUCCUCUUUUGAGAAAAGUUUUUUGUUUUGAAGAAGGAAAAAAAAUAGAUAAAUAAAAUAGGUAAAAAGUCGGAAAAUGCUAAUUUUUGAACACCCAUCACUUACUUUAGGCUGCUAGAUCUCGUGUCGUGAUCUCACUCAACCCAAAUUCAACGUCUAUGCAAAGCCCUUAUAUGGUACGAUGACCUCUAUACGUAUGGGAGUGCAUGUAAUAUUUUUGUAAAUUUCUAUGGAUCCUUUCUAUUAAAAUAUCAGUGUUAGAAAA